AUGGCCUUGUUCGACAAAUUGUUUUCUCUCAAGAGAAAACUUGAUGAUCGCGAACCAAGAAACCGCGACAGGUCCUGUCAGAUAAAUCCGGAGCAAGUGCGGUUGCUUCUGUUUAAAGAGUGUGAUUGGAGGGGCAGGAAGCUCUUGUUUGACUCUGCUGCUAUACAGAAGGUCCCAGCCAAUAAAAAUGAUAAGCCAAAUGUCAGACAGUCUGAAGAAGUGCCAUGCAUACUGGAGGUGUCAGAAGGAUUCACAUACCUGUACAAGGGACCGGCGGCGGACGCGAACGUUCUCGGUGAGAUGAUAUUCGGUGCAGUCGCCAUGAACUACAAGAGCGUAUCAUUGAAAAUCCACAUCAUGGAUGAGCCAAGGAGGUUGAUGUGCUCAAAAGUGUUCUGCGUACCGACUCGAAGGAUCAGCCGAGUAGGGAAUCCGGAGAGGAGAGAAGCAAGCGGUUGUGAGAAUGGAGAUCGAUCAAAACCGCUCAGUGUUCCGCUUGUGAGGGAAGAGGGAGUUUCGCUCAGUUUUUCGCUUGAUAGAGGUGAUUCGGGUUACUACGGAGACCACUCACCGUAUAGCAGCGUGGGGUCCACGCACGAUUACUUCUCAAUGUGCGAUAUUUGGGAUAGCAACAACCAGGACGAUUUCGCUUCUUUUUAUUUACCAGCUGGCAGAAGAUUAAGUACAUCAAGCAACGGCAGUUGGCAACGGAGAACUUUCCAAAACAUGGCGACGAGGUUCGAUGUCGGACAUCAGAGUACCAACCUGCUUGGAGUUCCAACUGCAACUAGUAACACUGCCAGUUCGGAUUCGCAGAUCUACAGCAACAGCACGACGAGUGGUACAUGUGAUAGCAUAGCAAGCACAGGAUCAGCGAUGCUGCACAGGAAGAACAAGCUCGGACUAGCGCUAUUAAUCAGUGUCAACGACUCCACGCAAAUUGACCUGGUGAGAAGGUGUCUGGAGCACUCACCGCAGCUGCAAGCUCUAGUGUGUCGGCUGCGACUGGCCACGUUAGCUGCCGGGGCCACCGGCGGCAAGGUGUCCACCUUGUACCGGGCUGCGGAACAUGCUGCGAGCUGGUUAUCAGAUCUGGUGUACGGGCCUCGCCUCCAGCCGAUGUGGUUGAAUCUAGUCACGGGCGACGCGCGGACGUCCAACAAACUGGCCGAGAGUCUGCUGUCCGAUCUCUGUGCCGUACUGUCUACGGGAGACACGAAGACCACUAAUUUUUUCAUCAGCACGCUUCUGACGCACGUGCUUACUUACCACCUCGGCUGGGUGGCCACCGUGAGCCCGUACGACACCAUCGACCACCAGGCGAGGCCACAGGACGCGGAGGCCAAACCUUACAACGCACUGUGGGCUCAGCUCGGCGACCUCUGCGGGAGUAUCGGGUUCCCUCCCCGCACCGCGCGCACCAUCAUCAGCGGCUCCAACAACACGCAGUUCCUCAACAAGCUCCUCGCCGUGCUCACCUACUUCGUGCGCUGCGGUGACGUCAGACGUAACGACUUCGUAUUUCAAGACUGCACACUUAAAGAAACCAAAGUCGUCAAUGUCACUCCCGAGCCCACCGGCCUCAAGAGGGUCGCCACUCGUGUCAACAAGCUGGAACAGUGUGAAAUAAAUAGUUUAACAGUGCCGUCAGUGAAUACUCAGAACAGUGAUAGUAGUGUCAGUACAUUAGCGGCUAGCGAGGUCAGCAUCAAGCGAUCGUCCACGCUCGCCAACUUAGGUCAAAAGCUCUCUAAUAGCUCCGAGUUCGCAGGAGUAGACUGUAGUUCAACGAGUGACGUGCCAGUUACCAACCUGCUCAAGAGGAACCCAACCAUGAUGCUGUCGUUAAAAGCUUCUUCGGAUUCUAGUCUAAAUUCAUCGCUUUCGGAGAACGAAACGGAGGAAAAGAAAGUUGUUUUCGUGUUAGGUGACAACGAGAAAUUGGUUGGGCUGAAGAAUAAAUCUGCUGACGGAAAAUCAGUGAAGAAGUCUUCCAAAAUCCACAACGAGCCCCUAACUCUUGAAGUACCAGAGAAGAUGACUGAACCGUGCAAGAAAAAUGGCUGUGAGCAGGACAAACGGGCCGACAGUCCGUCGAAAUGCUGCGGGCAAACGCUUCAACAUUCCAAACCAAUCAAACAUUCCGGUUUUAAGUUCGAGUUCGAUAAGUACCCUCAGAUAGUCACUAAUUAUAUGAAGAGCAAAAACUUAGAGAUAUUAGAUAGGCACUAUAUCGGUAAACCGGGGAAUUUGAAGCUGGACAACUUCCAGUUUGACCCGACGAUCGUGCCGCCGAUACAGGAGGAGCGGUGCGAGACGUGCGUCAAGUGUCAGAUGUUGGAGUCCAUGCUGCAGACUCCCACCAACGCCUCGGAGAUGGAGUACAUGAACGAUAUGCCACGGCAGAUAGAGCCGCAGUACGCCAGGGAGACCAUCGUGGAGCCUUCUCCGGAGAGAGAGGCGCCCAAGACGUUUGUGAGGCAGAGGAAGGAGAAUACAGUCGUAGUCAACGUGAAGCCGAAGGAGGAGAUAUGUGAACCAAAAAAGCCAGAGAGGAGGUUACGAGGGAGGGAGAAGGCGAGUGAGAAGUUGGUGGAUGUGAAGCAAGUGUUGGAGUUCCCGGUGCGGGCGCUGUGUGGCGGGCGCGGGCCUCGCGCCGGGUACCACGCCUCGCUACUGGGCGGGGUCACCGACCACUAUGUACCUGAUCUAGUUUUACAAGGAACAAUCGCCAAGCCGGUCGCUUGGGAGCCUGACUUACGUCGUGACUUGGAUCUGACGUCGUACAUCAACAAGACUGCCGAGUCACCAGUACAGGCAGUCGCCAUUGUCGGAGAUAUUAGUACUUGGGAAGUGCGUGUAAUAGGCAGGGAUUGCGGUUCUGGCGGCAUGUCAUCUCUAGUGGGUGCCAUGUUGGAUACAUUACCUGCUAUGUGGAAGGCGAAGGUCCCGGCGCAACAUUGCAUAUCAUUCUUGGAGAGCAAGCUCCGUGAAUUCUGCGUGCUAUCGAAGACAUUAGCGGACAUGUUGAUGUCGACGGACUUCUGCGACAUCGCAACGCUGACCAAGUCAUUGAACAUCGACGUCAACGACGUGCCACUGUUGCUGGCCGUGGCCAGUACUCACACUCCACAAGUGGCUGCCAGGUACGGCCUCAGCUAUGGAUAA